AGUUAAAUAUUGUGCUAAUGCGUUCUGUUUUUCAGAAGGCAGAAUGGAUAUCAGACUGGUCAAUGGGAGUCACAGCUGCUCUGGCAGACUUGAGGUUUAUAAUGAAGACCAAUGGGGCACAAUGUGCUAUGUGCUCAUUGAAAUUGCCCAGCUUGUGUGCAGAGAUCUGGGCUGUGGCUAUGCUGCAUCUGCUCCACAGGCUUCACUCUUUGGAGAGGGGACUGGUCCUGUCUGGAAACCCAGUGUAGAAUGUGUUCCAGGAAGAUCACAGAUGCAUUGCACGAUAAUCCCUAUGCAAACAACAAGCUGUAAUCACAGUGAAGAUGCUGGGGUCAUUUGUUCAGAUAUUCUAAACAUCAGACUGGCCAACGGAGCGAACAACUGCUCUGGGAGAGUUGAGUUCUAUUACAAGGAUCAGUGGGAGGCGGGGUGUGGGGAUUACUGGGACAUGCGUCACGCUCAGGUUGUGUGCAGAGAGCUGGGCUGUGGCUACGCUGUGUCUGCUCCAGUUGGAGCACGCUUUGGGAACAGGACUGCCCCCUACUGGAGAAAAGGUUUUCAUUGUUCAGGAGAAGAACAAUCUCUGAUCAGCUGCUCUGUAAACGAUUUGACAACUUGUCAUAAGGAUGCCAGUGUCAUUUGUUCAGAACUUGGCUUUGAUAUCAGACUGAUCAAUGGGAGUAAUAACUGCUCUGGGAGAGUUGAGCUAUAUUUUGAAGGUCAGAGAAGGAGAAUGUGUAACAAUGGAUGGGAUAAUGCCACCGCUCAUGUGGUCUGCAAACAGCUGGGUUGUGGCUACGCUAUAUCUCCUCAAGAGGGCGCACUCUUUGGAGAAGGGACAGACCCCUCCUGGCUGUUGGGAGUAAGCUGUACAGGAAGAGAGUCCUCUCUAGAGAGGUGCCUUUCAGGACAGAACGGAAUACAGGAAUGCACAGAUGGAUCUGCGGUCAGUGUAAUUUGUUCAGGUGCUGCCGUUCCUGUCAGACUGGUCAAUGGAAACAACAGCUGCUCUGGGAGAGUUGAGUUCAAUUCCAUUGGCGUGUGGAAGGCAGUGUGUGGUAGUGACUGGGACAUGAACGAUGCGGAGGUUGUGUGCAGAGAGCUGGGCUGUGGCUCUGCUGUGUCUGCUCUAAGAGGAUCCCACUUUGGACAGGGGCAAGGAUCUGUCUGGCAGUAUAGAAUGGAAUGUACUGGAAGAGAAUCAUCACUGGAGAGAUGUGAUUCACAUAAACUUGUAGGAUCAUUCUGCAGCCAGAAGUAUAGUGCAGGGGCUGUGUGUUCAGGAAAUGCCUCCCAACAGCACCCUACCACCACCACUCCCACAGUUAGCACUGCCCCGAAGACCUUCACCGAUGACCUCCUGGAUUUCAUUUCCAGCUCAACUUUCUACACAGUCCGUUGUGUCUUCAUCAUCUGCUACCUGCUGGUAAUGAGCACCGCUGUGAUCACUGAAAGAGUUUACUCCCGGAUCAGAAAAGCAGACGAUUCGAAUCCUGCUGAGCUGUCCUCCUAACUCGGCUCAAAUCAAUCACUUUUGCUAAAUACAUGCCAUGGCUAAACAGAAAGCUUUUAGUUACAGAGCUCAUAUAGCUUUGCUGUUAUGUAGAUGUUUGUUAAGUAGAAUUUCAUUGUUAGGUAAUUAGUCUAUCAUUAUCCCUGUUGCAGUCGGCAUGGUGUUUGAUUCCCUGUGUAACUGUGAUGCAUCUUAAGAUCGAUCUCUCACUGCAUUCUUGAAUAGCUGUUUCAAUGAGUGUGAACAUACUGUGCUUCAUGAUAGCUAACAAAAUAUACAUAAUUUUAAAUAUAAAUUUUAA